ACAACCGCAUGAAAGAGCUUCAGCAGCACGAGCCGCUCAGCACCAGUGUCUGAGAUGGAGACAUCAAGAGUCGCUCUCAUCGCUCUCGUGUGUGUUGUGUUCUCCAGUCAGAAGAGGAUCUCUGGAGCAGAAGUGGAGAUGAGAGUCAGACGAGGAGACGACAUCACUCUCUACUGCGACUGUGUUUGGAAAGUUGGAUUAAAAACAGUGUGGUUUAGAAACUGCUCAGAAAAGGAUCAUCCUCGUUUCAUGAUCUCACUUGCUGAUUUGGUAGAUAGUGAGGUAUCAGGUGGUGAUUUGACACAUUACUUUUUUCUGGUAAAUGAUUCCACCAACACACACGAUCUACUGAUUAAGAACGUCACAGAAUCAGAUCAGGGCCUGUACUACUGCGCUAUGAGUGAGAAAAUCAUUUCAAAGGAUAAAGACAGUGUCGUAAUCAACAGCGGUGUGUAUUAUGGAAACAGAUCCACUCGACUCUCUCUACUCGAACCCUGUCGCAGUGUGUGUGAGCCGUGUGUAUCAGAGCCGUGUGUUAGCUGGAAGCUGGUGUUCAGUGUGUGUGUUGUGUGUGUUCUCCUCUCCUCACUCCUCUCCUCCAUCUGUGUGUACUGCCUCUGCACAAACACCACUAAAGCAAAAGCCAAAGCUGAUCUGGCAGGAAGUGACAAAAGGACGACUCGGAGACUUGAUGAGGUUGGAGAAGAUGAGGUUUGUUACGCCUCAUUGGACAUCCAGAACCUCAAGAAUAAGACGAAGAGGAAGAAGAGAGUUCAGCACUCUGAUUUCAGCACAUAUUCAGAGGUCAGAACUGAGAGAACUGAGAGAUGCUGAGGAGGCGUUAAGGAGCUGUGUAAUUUUAAACUCUUGCCUCUUGAACUUCAUUGCUUGUAUCGCUAAUCUUUAUUAA